AGAGAGAUGAAACACUUGGUUCUAGUUCAUGGUGCCGGUCAUGGAGCAUGGAGUUGGUACAAGGUUGUGACGUUGUUAAGGUCGGCCGGUCAUCGAGUUACUGCAUUGGAUCUUGGGGGUAGUGGAGUCAACCCCAAGAGGAUUGAUGAGAUGGGUUCGAUUUUCGAUUACUUGCAGCCAUUAAUGGAGUUCAUGGAAUUUCUUCCUAAAGAGGAAAAAGUGAUACUGGUUGGUCACAGUCUCGGAGGCUUUGCUAUCUCUCUAGCGAUGGAGCAAUUCCCUGAAAAGAUCUCUGUUGCCGUUUUCGUUACUGGAUUGAUGCCCAACUAUACAUCACCUCCCUCUGCUGUCUUACAAGAGUUCUUUAAAAGGACACCCAUGGAAUCUGUAUUGGAUUGCGCGUGUACCUUUGAUCGAGGGCCUGAGAAUCUUCCCACUUCGGUGAUUCUAGGCUCACAAUACCUUGCUUCCAACAUGUACAAUUGCUGCUCAUCUGAGGAUCUUACGCUGGCUACUAUGUUGAUUCGUCCAACAAGUUAUUUCGUCGAAGAUUUGUCGCAAAAACAUUUACUUUCGAAGGAGAAAUUUGGAUCUGUCGAUCGAUUCUACAUUAUAUGUGAUGAAGAUAAGGUGAUGAAGGAAGAUUUCCAACGAUGGAUGAUAGAGAAUAAUCCAACUGAAGAGGUAAAGGUGAUUAAAGGUGCUGACCAUAUGGUCAUGCUUUCAAAGCCACAAGAGCUUUCCUUAUGUCUCAAGGAGAUAGCUAGUAAAUAUGAUUGAUAGUAUGUACCUUUGCGAAAUAGUAGAAUCUUUAAGUCCUUGUGUGCAU